AAAAUCACUUUUUGUGUCGCAAGAAAUCGUUCUCAAAAUAUCUGAUCUAACAUCGAUUAUCCAAUCCUAUCCCAAUUGCGAAGCGCGCCGUAGAGUUUUAAUCUUAAAUUCUUGAGCGUAUUCGUAAAUCAUCCACAUUUCGGCAUUUCAAUCUCCGACGAACGCUUGCUUUCGAGAGGAAUCGAAAAUGGCGCUUAAAGUUUAUGCGGAUCGGAUGUCACAGCCAUCUCGCGCCGUCCUCAUCUUCUGCAAGGUUAACGGGAUUGCAUUUGAGGAGGUGCGGGUAGACUUGUCCAAACUCCAACAGCUGUCUCCCGAAUUCAAAGAGGUCAACCCAAUGGCAAAGGUUCCUGCCAUUGUUGAUGGGAGAUUUAAGCUGUUCGAGAGUCAUGCUAUUCUUAUCUACCUUUCUUGUGCGUUUCCUGGUGUGGCAGAUCACUGGUAUCCAGCCGAUCUUUUCAAGAGGGCUAAAAUAAACUCUGUAUUGGACUGGCAUCAUUCUAAUUUACGGAUUGGUGCAGCUCCUUUUGUAUUCUAUACUGUUCUAGCACCUUUGUUUGGCCGUCCUCAGAAUUCUCAAGCAGCUGCUGAAGCUGAGGUGCUUUUAUCCAAGUCACUUUCGAAAAUCGAGUCAUUUUGGCUGAAGGGGAACGGGAAGUUUUUGGUAGGCGGCCUUAAACCAUCCAUAGCUGAUCUAAGCUUGGUUUGUGAAAUCAUGCAACUAGAGCUUUUGGAUGAGAAGGAUCACAGUCGAAUUCUGGGUCCGUACCAGAAAGUGAGGGAGUGGGUUGAGAAUACUAGAAAUGCUGCAAACCCACAUUUUGAUGAGGUUCAUAAGCUUCUCUUUAAGCUCAAAGCAACCCUUCAAAAGCAGCGCUCAGAAAAAUUGACUUCAAAGAUGUGAAGUUUUGGCUGUCUGUCUAAUUACUGCAAUGGAAUAAGUGCCAUUAAUAAGAAAAGGUGUGAAGAUGAGCUUCAGUGUAAGUAGUUUGUGUUACUUUCGAUAGAAGGAUAAGAACUCGUUUCGUUCUGUGUAAACGUACCACAGUUUCAUUAAUAGACUCGUGCGUUAUAAAUUAUCCCUUUCUUUUCUCAUAGCAUCAUGUAUCAAGAACUCUUAAACCAUAAAUGAGAGGCCAAAUUCUA